CAUUCAUCUUUUCUAGAUAAGAUUCUGAAACUGGGUUCAUAAUCCACACACUUCCCCUUCACACUACAUUCAAACAUGGAUUGGUAGCAGAACCAGAUCAGAUAGCUUAACAAAAUGGCUCUGGUUUGUCUAGGACUUCCACCUCUCCAUCUUAAGAGUUCAUCUCCUCCAUGUACAGAAAGAAGCCCAACUCUUCUCUUCACUACCAAACGCAUCUCCUUUACUCAAAAGACAUGGAGACUACAAGCAGAGGCCAAAGGUUUUGGUGGAAAAUCACUUACAGUGUCCGAGAGUAACAAGAAAAGCCAAAGAGAUAAUGUGAAGAACACUGGUCGUAAUAGUGGAGAAGAUGAUAAUGAUACAAUCCCAGAGGUUGUAUUUGAGAGGAUGAUCGUUCGGAUCCUAUUCUUUGUGGGCUCUCCCAUGGCUAUGGGUCUAGCAAUGUUACAGGUAUUUGAUAAACUCAAGGAACAAGAAGUUUGGGAUGUGCCACUUUGGCUUCCUUUCUUGAUGGUAUCAUUAGCCUUUGGAACUUCUGGGGUUGGACUUGCUUAUGGGACUCUAUCUUCAAGUUGGGAUCCAGACAAGAAGGGUUCUUUUCUUGGGUGGGAAGAAGCUCAAAAGAAUUGGCCUGAGCUGUGGAAGGAGGAGAAUGAAAGCCAGAAAUGAUUUUGUCCAGAUUUUCUUGGUUAGCUAAUCAAUUAAGCUGUUACUUCUUUUCUACUUAAUCUCUCUCUGUUUUUGUUAAGCAAUAGCUUGAACAGAUCAAGAAAGGAGAUACCCCAAGGGGGUAGCCGAGUUUGCAAGUGACCUUCUUCUCACGAAACAUGUGGUUUUGAGUUUGAUUCCUCUUGCUUCUUCGGGGCCACUCAUAUGGGGUGUUUAGUGCCCUUCACUGUUUUCUGUGAAAAUUGAAUGGUUCUCAUUCAACCUUGGUAUGAUUUGAUCCAUAUAGUUGUGGGGUCAAUAUGAACCCGUGAGACUAGUUAGACCAAAGGCCUGAA